AUGUGUGACCAGCAGCAGAUCCAGUCUGGUCAGCCACAGUGUUGUGUGAAGGGUUCCUCCUUCUGCACCUCCAAGUCCCCCUGUACCAACAGCCAGAUGGUAGUCCAAGCCCCUGGUGAGAUACAAAUUGUGGAGUGCCCGCCACCAUGCCCAGUUCAAGUUUGCCAGGUGAAGUGCCAGGCUCCGAGCCAGCCCACGACCACCCAGGUGCAGUGCCAGGCUCCAUGCCAGUCUGUUUCCUAUGUGCCAUGCGAAACUCUGUGCCCUGUUCAGACUUGCUAUGUAGAAUGUGCUCCAGUCUGUUAUACAGAAACCUGUUGUGUGGAAAACCCAGUUCAGACCUAUGUAUCCUGCCCAGCUCCUCAGCCUGUCCAGACUUACAUAGAAUGUCCCCCAGUGUCCCAGACUAAGGGAAGGUUCUCCACUCAGUGCCAGUAUCAGGGCUCCUACAGCAGCUGCAUCCCCCAGUUCCAGCCACGAAUUUCCUACAGCAACUGUGCCCCCCAGCGCCAGUCCCGGGCCCCAUUUAGGAGGUGCGCUCUCCAAUACCAGGACCAGGGCUCUUAUGGGAGCUUCACUGCUCAGUGUCGGUCUCAGAGCACCAGCAGAUGCCUCCCUCCUCGUCAGCUGCAGCCUUCUUACGGCAGCUGUACCCCUUCUCGGCGUUCUGAGCUCUGCUACGGCAGCUAUCUGCCAUCAAGAUGCUCCUCCAGCUCCUAUAACUACUGCACCCCACCCCGCCGCUCUGAGCCCAUCUAUAGAAGUGGCUGUUCUCAAGGUCCCACUUCAAGAAGCUCUCAGAGGUGUGGACCCAAGUGCCGAAUCGAGAUUUCCUCCCCCUGCUGCCCCAAGCAGGUUCCCCCACAGAAGUGUCCUGUUCAGAUUCCUCCCAUCAGACGCCGCUCUGAGAGCUGUGCCCCGAGAUCCUCCCGUGGUUCCUCCUCCCCAGAGCUGAGGCCAUACCCCCUCCCAAGUUCAAGCUUAUGCCCAUCACGACGUCUUGACCAAUGUCCAGAGCCAUCACUGCAGAGAUGUCCACUUCCUGCUCCACGUCCAUUUCCGCACCCAGAACCCCGCCCAUGUCCCCUACCACGUCGACUUUCGGAACCCUGUUUGUACCCAGUACCACGUCCGACAUCACCUCCAGUUCCACGUCCAGCACCACGUCCAGCUCCGCGUCCUCGUCCAGUGCAGUGUGAGCAUCCAGCACCACUUCCUCGUCAGCAGUCCUGUGAGCGCCCACGUCUUUGCUCACUUCCAGAGCCAAUUCCCCUUCCAGCACCCUGCCCAAGUCCAGAGCCGUGUGUGGAGCCUCCUAGGUGUCCCAAUCCAUGCUCAAGUCCAAGUCCAAUUCCAUGCCUACAAGACCUGGGCUGUCGUGAAUCCAAUCCAUGCCGCCUAGACACUGAGGUUCCCAGCUAUGGCCCAGGUGGUUAUAACUAG